AUGACGUCCCGGCUGACCCGCUGCGGCUCAUAUACUCUGAGAUUUAGGACACUAACGCUAUCUUGUGAGCAAAAGGCUCAAUACUUUUUAGACUACCUGAUGCUUAUAUGCUCGAAAGAAGAAGCCAUAAUAAGGCAACUAUUGCACUUGGAGAACAUCAAAUUCGAAAAGAUGAAUUCGUUUUUGAAAACGGUCAAUCCAAUGACAAACAAGAGGGUUGUAUUAAUCAGAGAAUCAUUGCAAAGGCAGUUAAACAUCAGUGUGAUGGAAAUGCAAAGUGCACCAGGAGUGGAGGAAAACAAUACAGUUGGCAACUGCGACGAAAGUAUGACCUUGUGUUCUGUUUUGGAAGCUGUGUUCCUACAUGGUUUAAAAGACAGUCUCUUGAAUCGAGUAACCGAAGUUCUGAGUGGCCCAGAUUUCAACGCAGUACCUCAGCCAAGUUUUUGGGGUCCACUAUUGGUAUUCUCUCAUCGACAAAUCAUAGAUCAGAUACAAACGUUAAGUCAACUUACUACAGAAGUUGGAUAUUGCAGAGCUUGGAUACGAUUGGCUCUGAACGAAGGUCUUUUAGCUAGCUAUUUUUGCUCCAUUAAAAGAGAUAAUUCAGCUUUAAAACCAUAUUAUAAUCGGUCUGCAUUUAUUAGAGACACAGACCUUGUGGAAGUUGCACAAAGGCUAAUUGAAAGUUUAGACAACAUAUGUUUUAAACUUGCAUGUAAUAGUAGCUUAUUAAAUUCUUGGUCAAAUACUCCUCUCUUAUUGGCUGGAAUAUGGUCACCUCCAAUGAAAUCUUGCCCUGUAUUUAGUGCAGUAGAUAUUGCAAAAACAAUAACAACAGAAUUAACUGAUGGUGACAAUUUCGAUGAAGUUGAAACUGCUAGUUCUAUUGGUAGUUUAGGUUCAUUUAAUUCAUCGCAGUCUGCUCUUAAUAAUAUGGCUUCCAUCACAGAGGAUGAAGCUUUAAAAAUUAUAUUAGCUAAUAAGAAAGCAAAUAACAUUGGUAUAAAUAAUUCGAUUAAUAAUUCAGGAGAAACUGUAUCUUUGAAAGAGGAAGGACAAAGUUUACAGAUAGAAAAAAAAAUAGAAGACAGAAAUUCAAGUAAUAACAGUCCAAAGUCUGACUCAGAAAUUAAUAUAUACAAUAAUGUUAAGAAUUCAACUGAAGAAAAUAUUAUAGAUAAUCAUGAAACUUCACAAAAUAUUGUUACAACUACAGUAGGAAAUUCAUUGAUUGGAAGAUUGGGAUGGUCUACAUCAUUUGAAGACUGUGAAUCUUCAUUAACUUCAUCUUUAAUGUCUCAUGAUUCUGGAACAAACGCACCUCGUACUCCUGGUGAUGGACCUACAUAUGAUGCUAUUAUUCAAAGUUAUCAUACCGUUGGAAAUAAAUCAGUUCCAGAUUUACAAGAAUUUUUAAAAAAAUAUCCGAGAAAACAACAAUCUAGUGAUGGAAUCAAAGUUCAAUCAGAAAAUAAGGCUGCAAUAAACUUUGAAGAACAAUUGGGAAAGCUUCCCAGAGAGAAAGGUUUGGAUGUACAAAAUUAUAGUUGCUUUGAAUGUGGUCAUGCAAUUGGUAUGACUUUUUCAAAAGCACAUGUUUGUUCCUUCUCUUGUAACUAUUACUGUUCAAACUGUAUGUCACAAAAUGAAUAUCUUAUUCCAUCACGAGUAAUUUAUAAUUGGGAUUUGAAAUGUUACCCAGUUUGUAAUAAGGCUGCAGCAUAUUUACAGGAUUGUCCUAAAUUACUAGAUCUUAAAGUUUUAAACCCACGAAUUUAUAUGGCUGUAGAUAGUAUGGCUCAAUUACAAUCAUUAAGAAUUCAAUUAAAUUUAUUGAGAGCUUAUUUAUUUACGUGUCGUGAGCCUAUAAUCGAAUCCUUACAGAAAAAGGUCACACCUAGAGAUUAUUUAUAUGAACAUGUUCACCAAUAUUCUGUUUCUGACCUUUAUGAUAUAUCUAAUGGAAUUCUUGCACAACAACUACAGAAAGUAGUAGAAUUUGCAAGAAAUCAUGUUAUAAAUUGUUGGCUUUGUAGUCAGAAAGGUUUUAUAUGUGAAAUCUGCAAUAAUCCAAAAGUUAUUUAUCCUUUUGAUAUGGAAUCUACAUACAGAUGUGGAGCCUGUAAUGCAGUAUUUCAUGCAGAGUGUUUAAAUGCUAAUAAACCAUGUCCAAAAUGUGAACGAAAACGCAAACGAAUGGAUCUCCCGCUUUUAGAUGUGGGUUGCACAGAAUUGUCAUUGAAUGAUGCACCAACGUUCUCCGUUGACAUAAAUUAAUAAAUAGAGUUUUUAACAAAUCACAUUUACACACACUUUUAUUUUUUAUUUAUAAAGUAUUUAUAAUAUUUUCUUUUUUAUAAAUUAAUUAAUGACAGAAUAUAUUUUUAUUAAAAUAAAUCUUUAUCUUUAUAAAGUUUAAUAACUGAUAUUUUGAUAAGCAUACAGCAUGUUCGGUUCAAGUGUACACUUUAUAUUAUCUUUUCAAAAUGCGAAAAAAAAGUGAAAAUUAUUCGAUUGCAUAAAAAAAAGUUUUUUUAUCUAAUUACUAUUUAGAAAAGACUUAAAUAUUUUUCAUUACUAUUAUCUAAAUAGAUAUUUUUAUAAAAAAUUUACCAGCAUGUGUAAGGAAUAAAUUCAAACAAUAAUUUGUCGCAUAAUAUCAUAAUGAAAAAUAAUAAAUGUCACGAUUAACGUUUUUUCUUAUAAUAUUUAAUAAUAUUACAAAUAAUUGAAUUCAACUGUAUCGUUACGUUUUUAUUUAUCGAAAUGAUUGUAAAUCUUAAAAUAGUGCUGCUACAAUAUAAUCUUAUUUUAGAUAUGUAUAGUAUUACAUAAUGUAUGGAAAAAUAUAAUUAUUCUAUAACUAAUAAUUCUAUUACUAUUUAAUAGAAAUUUGAGAUGUUUAUUAAUAAUGUGAAAGAAAAAAUAGAGUUUAUGUUUUUCAACGUGAUUUAUUUUAUUGCGGAGUUUCACCAAAUUUGUAUAAAGAUGUAUAAUUUAAUACAUUUAUAUUUAAAUUAUAUAAAAUAGAUUGUUUAAGGCUCAAAUUAUAUUUAUUUUAAUAAUCAAAAGCAUAUAUAAGUUAAUUCAAUUCUUUUUCAUUUCAAAUAUUGAGUAAAAGAUAUUAACCGAACGUGUUACAUAUUAAUUUUUCAUAAAAUUAUUUAGCACAUUAUUUUUGUACAUAAUUGUUAUACUUAUUGAGUUUAUUUUAAGAUAUCUAAAAAUAUUUAAAAAGUAGUAGUGAAAAAUAUUGAGUAAAAUAUAUAAAAGUCUAAAUAUUAAAGAAACAAUUUGAGUUUGUAUAUACACUUCAACCGA